AUGGGUUCCAUUACACACACGCCUCAACGUGGAAAGUUCCGCUACCUGAGCCGAGGGGCUAAGCCAACUCUAAGCAAAGAAGCGUAUCUACUUCCACCUCUUUCCGAGUUUGGUGAUGUUCUUACAUUACCUCUCACGGACAUGAAACCAUCUCUAGAUCUUGGAGAUGAGUCCCCAUACAAGCUCUCAGUUCACGGGUUUACUGCUCGCCGACAUCACUCGGCCCUGCAUGCAGCUCCAUACGAAAGAAAAAGUUGGAAUGAUGAGCAUCUACUUCGCCAAAUCUAUUUUCCAGAAGUACAAGAACUUGUUCAAAAAGUGACGGGAUGCAAGAAGGUGGUGGUAUCCGCAGCAGUGAUUCGGAACGAACUGUACACCGAAGGCGAUCCAGCUCCUACUACACAAACAGAAGCAAACGGACAAACCACGCACGAAAAUGAAACAUCUGAGCUAUUUCCACCUAUUGUUGGAAAUUCGCCGACAGACGGUAUAUGUCCUGCGCCGAAAGCGCAUCUUGAUCUUACCCCGAAGGGUGCAAGGUACCACAUUCGAAAGUACCAUCGCCAAGUUACUUCAGCGGCCGAGCAAGUGAUUGAAGCGGAGAAUCGGUUGCUUGAAACCGGUGUGCAAUGGGAUGACCUCAAGGACUGCUAUCGAGGAAAGGAAGGAGAUGAUGGGAUUCCCCGAUUCGCACUUUUCUCGAUAUGGAGACCCCUGAGGCCAGUCCAUCGUGACCCUCUUGCUUUAGCAUCCUGUGCUUCCUUCCCCGAAUCUGAUUAUGUGCUUUCUGAGCAGCUUGAGCCCAUGGAUCACCAGAUUCCUGCUCAUCUGUCGCGCAUAAUUGAUCCCAACUCCCCUUACUUGAACGUCGACAAUGAACGACAAGUCCAAGAUGGAACAUGCCAGACUUAUGGCUAUCUGGCUUAUGGGCCACGGGACAAGGAAAAAAAGGCGCAUGACUGGCACUUCAUUUCAGAGCAACAACCUUCCGACGUCUUGAUAAUUCAACUGUUUGACAACGAGAUGGAGGCGCGUGCAAGGGCACCACAAGAAGGGGGCAAUAAGAUGUCGAACCUGGGAGUUGGGGGAGCCAUUCAUAGUGCAUUUGAGUUGGACAGUCAGGAUACAAACGAUGAAGCGCGGGAAAGUAUCGAAGUACGAUGUGCAGCAUUUUGGUGA